CGAAAUUUGUCAUACUUUCCGGCUGUCAAAGCAGAAAGUAAUUGUUAUGUCAUUGAAGUGAAGUACGGUUUGUUGAAGUAAGUUUAUGCGAAUGACUUUGUUGCUAUUUUACGUCUGGGGAGAGAGAGCUACUUUCGUAUUCCACUGACGUUCGAGGCAGGCCAAAGGUCACAAUGUCCCGCUUGCGUCAUUUAGUUUUGACUCGUGGGAAAACUUGGAGUUCAAGAACAACCUCACCUUCAUGGCAGUGUUUGAGAGCACACUCCCAACAUACCAAAGAAACAAUUCAACAACAAAUACCUCCACGAGGUAGGAAACGAGGAGCUCUCUUGUUCGUAGGCAUCACUGCUGCUGGCUGUGGUGCCUAUUACUCAACUCUGAAUCCUAGAGAAAAACGUCUUGUUCAGGUGUCAAUUGGUGGUAUUGGACGCUUCAUAAGGACAUCCAGGAUAGGCAUUCAGGUCUCUCUUGAUUAUUGGUGGUCCUUGCUUGGGCUGGAAGAUGGGACAAUGGAAUAUGAGUUGGCAAUGAGUGCUGCUCAUCAGCGUGCAGCAAACAGCAUCUUGCAUGGCUGUUUGAAAAAUGGAGGCUUAUACAUCAAGGCUGGCCAGGGUCUGGUGUCUCUCAAUCAUAUUCUGCCCCCUGAAUACUUGGAGACCUUAAAAGUGCUACAAGACCAGUGUCUUAAGAGAAAGAAAAAUGAAAUUGAUGACCUCUUUCAAGAGGAAUAUGGAGUUAGUCCUGAAGAGGUGUUUGAAACCUUUGAAGCAGAACCAAUAGCAGCUGCCAGUCUUGCUCAGGUUUUUAAAGCUACGACCAAAGAUGGCAAAAAUGUAGCAGUGAAAGCUCAGUACAUUGAUCUACAAGAUAGAUUUUCAGGAGAUCUUGCCACAGUUGACCUCCUUCUUGCAUUUGCUGCAUGGAUGCAUCCCAAAUUUAAUUUUCAUUGGGUCCUACAGGAAAUUCAAGAAACUUUGGAACAGGAACUGGAUUUUAUCAAUGAGGCCAAAAAUGCAGAGAGGUGCGCUCAGGAACUUGGCAAGUUUUCGUAUGUGUAUGUGCCUAAAGUAGAGUGGGAUCUGACUACAAAGAGGAUCCUUGUUACUGAAUUUAUUGAUGGAAUCAAAGUCAGUGAUGUGAAAGCCUUGAAAGAAAACGGAUUUUCAUUAGCUGACAUUGAUCAAAAAUUGAUAUCUGCCUUUGCAGAACAAAUAUUUCACACAGGUUUCAUUCAUGCUGACCCGCAUCCAGGCAAUGUUCUUGUUAGGUGGUCUAAAAAUAAGAAUGCGGAGCUUGUUCUGUUAGAUCAUGGUUUGUAUGAAAAGCUGCCAACAAAUGUACGAACAAAUCUUUCCCAUCUAUGGAAAGCAAUUGUACUCUGCAACCACAAAGAUAUGAGGAAGUACUCACAUGAGUUAGGUGUCCAUGAACAUUACCGCCUCUUCUGCAUGGCGAUAUGUGGGCGGUUUGUGGAACCAGAAGGGGAGGAAGAAUAUGAAUCAUUUAAUUUUAUUAACCAAUUCGAGGGUCACCAGAAAGCUAUUCAAGCCUUGUCUAAAAUGAGCGAAGAUGAGAAGCAGAAGAUAUUGAAGAACAUGGAGUUGGUUCAUGAUGCUGCAUUGAAUACUUUUCAUAAUUUCCCUCCUCGUCUCAUUUUAACCAUUAGGAAUAUUAAUACCAUCCGAGCUAUCACCAAAGACCAUGGUGAUCCUGUAGACCGGUACACCUUAAUGGCAAGAAGUGCCACUAAAGGUGCAUUUGCUGGCCAAGGUUUCAUUGGAAGUGUCAGGGCUCUGAAAGACCGGACAUACUUUGAAAUACGCUUAUGGUCUGAUUGGUUCAAAUACCGUUUACUUCAUCUGUAUCUGCGUGUUUUACAAGGAUUUGGCAAAGGCAAUUUUGCCACAGUACAAAAGUUCGUCCAUUAGACCUCUUCAUUGUAUUUUGUCAGAUAACAGAAAAUACUAUUUUUAUUUUAUUUUUAUUAUCAAAGAAGCAAGAAAUCAUGACCUCUAUGUAGAUUUGUUCAAUUAAAACACGAAUAAGUCACAUUUAUUAUUUUUAAACAAAUUGUGUAAAGACUUUCCAAGUCUGUUUGAAAUAUUGUGAUUGCCCUAGUAUUAACGAUAUAUUUUUGUAUUUAUUCGUUUUUAUGGCAAAAGAGUCCACAGUCUGAGUAGUUUUAAGCUUGCUCAUUCACAUACAACCACAUCACUGUUUCCCAUGGGUUUCUUCCCUUGCUUUGAGAUAGUAUUUACACUGCUCAAAUGGUCAUGGAGCACCACUUCUGUCUUAAGCGCUCAAGUACUACAUUUGUUACAAUGGAACAUGGUAUUGCAUUGCAUAAUACAAUGUUGUUGUUUUUGUUAAGUUUCUUCUCUGCCUUUGUUUUUAAAAUGAAUUUAUUUUGGAUUACAAUAAAAGAUGCGAUUUAAUCAUUGAGAA